AUGACGGACAAUGCGCGCAAACGCCAGCGCCCUCGCGGCGUCAAACAAACAGACUGGCUUGAUAGGCUUCGCGAAACCACGUCAUCCGCAGCCGACACAAACGAAUUCAUGGAGCUCAUGAAUGACGCCCGAGAGAUGGAUAUGGAGGCUAUCGGCUUCCGUCAUGCAGCCGUUUCAACACAGAAACGCCAGGACCGUAUUCUGCAGGACUAUCAAGAGUUCGUCAGACAGUUCAAGGAAGUCGCCAUCGACAUUACCGACCAGGAGCUCGACGAGAUUUGCUUCCCGCCGCCCGCUGGGAGGGAUGAACCCAUGUGUUGGGACGCUCUUUGGCGCCUCUUGCGUCCUUACCUAUUCACCGUCGUUCAGCUCAAGGUUCCGCGUUCUCAUGCGCACAAGAUGAUCUCCUACACAACACUUUGCCAGUACCGUCAGGCCCUGUUAUUUUGGAUUCAUCGAAAGUACACGGAGAGAACGAUGAAGCCUCCGACAGGAAAUUACGUCUUCAGCCAGAUGACAGAAAUGAUCCGCGCUCUUGCUAUUCGUUUCAACCUUGUCCGUAUCAAUGCUGGGCCGGAUGCCAAAGUCAACAUUGGCCUCGACGAUAUUCGCCAACUCAUCGACUGGGAUGUACAGAAUACCGUGUCUAUCGAGGUGUCUGAGCAGCAUCAUUUUGCCAUCUGCCUGGCACGAGCCUGCGCUCUACGACCCGGCUCUCUAGGUCCCAACGCCGCUGACAAGCACCACGGCCCUAGGCCCGCCGACAAGCUCCCCUACCUCGCCUGGCAAGACAUUCGCAUCACGAACAGUCAUCAACAAGGCGCAUGGACUCUUCGGGUCACCAUCCGCAAUCUCAAAACCAAUAAGGACGCGGGUGCACAAAGCGCCUUUGUCGUCAACAAGACCAUGAUAUUCCGAGUUGCCUCUCCCCAGCAGCAGUCCAACUUGUCCUUGUCAGCGCCUCAUCGGCUACUAGUUAUCGGAAUCCGCCGCGGUGUUUUCGAGAACAUUUCAUCGAUUGAAGAGCUCUUUGACAGCGAUCUGCACGUCAUCACUGUCAAACCCGAGUUCCUCGAGCAGCCAAUUUUGAUUGCCGCUAAGCCCAAGGGUGCCGGUCUCGUGGCCGACAACACAAUUCUGGGCAACACUGAUGCGCGCGCGCUGAUGUGUCACGAUCCGGAUAGCUUUACGUUGGAGAGGUUUUACAUCGACAGACUGCAGAAUAUCGAUAUCGCUGCCGUCACCCUGGGUGAAACUAUUGGGGCAGGAAAAGCCGACGAGUUCAUGAAGCUCGAGGCAAGCGCAGGCUGCACCCUAGAUCGGCUGCCUGCAGCCAAAAUCAUCCAGCUCUACGGUCCUGAAUUGAAUGCGCUGACCCGUCAGUACAUUCGCCAAGACAAAGAGUACUCCACGCUGUCCAGGGCCGAGAAGAAGAACCGGGAUCGCGUCCUACGCCGCCAAGCUUUCCUUGCUUUACGUCGUGAGAUGAUCAAUCUUCACCGACGCAACCAGACCCAGAAGGAGCGCAAGAUUCGAACCACCGAGAUUCUGGUCCGUGCGACGGACUUCAACAAACGGCUCAUCCAGGCGUUCAACUCCGACGAAGCAAAGCAGCCAGAAGAUGUCAGUGAUUUACGAGAUGAUCAACUCGACGACGACUUUCCUGAACCAGAUGACGACCGCGAUGAAGACGAGAUUGCCGACGGCGACAACACCGGAGAAGAUGGAGAAAAUGCGGCUGGGAAUGACACAAACACCGGCCAGGCAACGAACAUUGUUCUUGCCGGAGAACAAGAUGCCGAAGAUCAAACAGAAGAUCGUGAUGUCACUAUCAACGUCCCGGAGGAGACAGACUUCGCCGAUGCUGCUGUCAAUUACAUCGAAGCUGCUGCCGACAUUCCCUACGCAACAGCAGCCAAGAUUGCCAUGAAUCUCAUGUUGUCGCAUGAACUCGGCCAGUAUCGACCUCAGGGAAUGGAAACAUGCGCUCUGUGCGAGGAGGACGAUAGUGUUGACGAUGACAGGAAGAGACAUACCUACACCGUUGGACACCUCCGUGAGCAUGUCGCCGGUGACUUUCACACCCGCUACAAGCAGUGGAUCAGACGCACUCACCAGGAUCGUGACGCGAGAAUGGCAGCGGAUCCUAACGACCGCGACUUCACAUGCCCUUACUGUUUGGAGGCCGCGGGCGAUUCUGAGACGUUCAAGGCUAUGAAGAAGUUGACUCUACACAUCUGGCGCUCAAACAGCACGAACAUCGCGGGCAAGAAUGAUUGGACCACUCCGGAGAACAGUACCAAGCACGACAGGCUCAAGGCCGAGGCCGGCUGGUACGACGAGAACUGGCAGGUGAACACAUCCUCGAAUGUGAAGAGGGGCACCACCCAGCGAGCCAAGACUCAACUUGCUGCUCGCAAGAUAGAGGCGCAGAAGUCCGACAGUCGCAAGCGCAAAUUCGAGCAGCCCGUGCCUGUGCCGGGACAAUCGGGAAUCGUCUGGGCCCAGCCUGGCCAAGUUGUUGGCGAGGACCUCGAGAACCCGGGUCCCGGUAUCGCUUUUGGUGCUGCGCCUGGUUCGUCCGGCUACAAGCCAUCUAUCAAGCCCAUUCCUGGCUUGAUCACCACCGCACCGCCUCCAGGCUCCCCAGGAUGGAAGCCAACGUUUACGAAGCCUCCGCGCGGAGCGUAUUACGUCGCUCGUCCAGGCACUUUCCGUAACAUGCCGGGGGAUGGUCACCUCAUCUCUGAUAGGCUCAAGGAUCGCCAUAAGUGA